CAACAGAGUGCAUAAAAUUAGGACAAGAAGAAGGAGUUUUAGAGGGAAAAAGUGAGAGAAAGAAAGAUGGGAAGAGAGAUUGUGAAUGGAGAAAUAGAGGAGGUGUCGAGUGAGUCAUUACAAUAUUCUAAUGAAGCAAAUAAAUUGUCAUUCUUGUCGUUAAACCAUGUCUCUUAUGUCUGCAAAUCCGUUGAGAAAUCUGUGCAUUUUUAUGAGAAAGUUCUUGGAUUCGUCCUCAUCAAGAGGCCCUCUUCCUUCGACUUUGAAGGAGCUUGGUUGUUCAACCAUGGAAUAGGAAUCCAUUUGCUUGGUGCUGCAGAAAAAGUUCCCAACAAGAAAGAGAAAAUAAAUCCGAAAGACAACCACAUUUCAUUCCAAUGCACAGAUAUGGAACUCAUCAUUCAGAAAUUGGAAGAAAUGAAAAUAGAAUAUGUGACAGCAGUGGUUAAAGAAGGAGGCAUAACAGUGGAUCAGUUGUUCUUCCAUGAUCCAGAUGGUUAUAUGAUUGAAAUUUGCAAUUGUCAAAAUCUGCCAGUUCUUCCACUUUCAUCCUGCCCUCUAAAGAAGCUACCGAACCCUACUAAUCUCCCUACAUCAUCUCGCUAUGGAAACCAGAUGCAGUGCAAUAGAGAAGCACUAGAAGCUCUGAUGCUUGAGAAUUUGGCAAUGGAAAUGAUGGACAUUUCAAUUUAAGUGCAUUUUUUGCUCUUAUAAGUUACAAGAAUGGAGAAGAGCAAGCAUUUUAAUUUAUAGGUAAUUAUGUAUGUGUUAGCCUCAAUAAUUUAUAAAUGUAUUAGCCUCUAAGUAAUAUAUGUGUAUUAGCCUCACCAAUUUAUAAACGUUCUUUUAUGAGUUGAGAGUGUUUUUGAGUCCAUUGAAAUGUAUAAUUGAAAAUAAAAUUUGAUCAUUUCUCAUUAA